AUGGAGUCUUCUAGUCGAAGUCUUCCCCCAUUGGAUUCCUUCAGAGCUCUUCCAGCCAUGACACCUUCAGGGCGCUCUUCGCUUCCCCCUCCCCCCGCAUCAACCCAUGAUGGCGCCUUGCAGACUUGGCUCCAGGCCAAGUCCGAGGAAGAUCGUCGAGCCCAGCAAGAGGAGAAGACCCGUCAAGAGACACUUCGUCUGGAGCAACGCAAGAUCGAGCACGCGAUGCUGAGAGACGCAACGAAUUACGGUGUUCCUCCUCAUAUGAUCCCCUGCAUCUUCACCGGCAUCGGUGGAAAUAACUCGGAUUCACUGGCUUUGUCCCAGCAGCAUCCACACCAUCCACCUCAGCUCUCGUCUUCGGGUUAUUCUGUCCCUGUAGCUCAGGCCCAAGCUGGGCAGGCCUCGAGUAUAUCAAUGCAACCAAGGCCCCCAAUCAACAAUAACUACAUUUCAUCCAGUGCUGGCACUGUCAGUCGAGCGCACAAUUCGAUGCUGCCCCCAUCUGCAAGUCCUUCUCAUCUGGCCCUACGAGGCGAACAGUUCGAGCAGCAACCCAUCUCUCUGAACUUCCACCAUUACAUCCCUCCAACCCAGCAGUCUCAAGCUCCGCCUCCUCGCAGUCAACCAGUGUCAUCAACAGUAUUGUUCAACCCUUUCUCUCGCAGCAAUAGCGAAGCCGAUCCUAAUAACCGCAGCAGAAGCUCUCAAGCUGCUCAGACUCUGAGUCUUCCACCCGCACUCCACGUCCCCGUGUACGACUCAACCCUCCACGGCAUAGUAGACAGGCCCAACCGUACCGUCAGCGACGCUCCAACUCUACCUUUCGAAAUUCGCACGUCGGUACUCGCCGUCUCGCCCCCCGAGAUGCGAGCCCCUUGUCGGUUUGGAGCGCUUAGGCUCACGGGCAGCGGGCCGACUGAGCGCGCAUCAGACUUGCCCAAUGCUGUCCACGUCGAGAUCAAAUGUGAAGAGAGAGAGGGCACAUCAACAGCUGUCUGUCCCGAACCCAGCGGGGCAGGCGAACGAUUCCAAGGUGAGCUAGUUACCCCGGUUUCGAGACUUGUCAUUUUUAAGAAUUAUGCGUUGACGGAUGAGAUUGAUGUCGUUGUUUCACUUGGUCGGGUUGUAGCUGAUAGUUGGGAAUGA